AUGUGUCGCGUGACUGGUUGUGCGCUGCGCUCGCCGAAAUCAAUACUUGAAGCGGGCUCGGGAAUGGCCGAGGCUUCCUUCAAGGACCUAACAGUACUCCGUACUGUUAAUCAACAUGCAGGCUCUGUGCCGUGUAGCCGUCUUGGCCCAGUAGGGCAGCCGGCCUCUCCCACGUCACUGUGUGGUGGCGUUUUAGCACCAUCGAAGGCCUACAGAGAGGCCCUGCGUCCAUGUUCCCAGCGCGACAACUACCACAAAACAGCGGCCAACUCCGACGCAGCAACCAGAUGGUGUCCCGUCCCGGCCUUUGCGCUCGGCACCGGUUGCCACGAAGUACAAGAUGUUAAGACAUGUAUCGUCAUCAGUCACUGCAUUAAAAAGUGA